AGUGAACUAGGCCUACCUGAUUUAACUAAACCUUUUGAGUUGUUUGUCCAUGAGAGACAAGGUUUAGCACUUGGAGUGCUGACACAACGACUGGGAACCUGGAAGAGACCUGUGGGCUACUUCUCCAAACAACUUGAUAAUGUGAGUAGAGGAUGGCCUGGAUGUUUACGGGCUGUGGCGGCAACAGUAUUGCUGAUCCAGGAAGCCUGAAAGUUAACAAUGGGACAAAAGAUUACAGUAUAUGUCCCGCAUAUGGUGGUGGCUGUUUUAGAACAAAAGGGGAGUCAUUUGCUAUCUCCUAGCAGAAUGCUGAAAUAUCAAAUUGUCUUGUUGGAACAAGAUGAUGUGGAAUUAAAGACCACUGCUAUAGUGAAUCCUGCUAUGUUUUUAACAACAGAAAAUCUUAUGGACACUUUAGAACAUGAUUGCUUGCUAACUGUUGAACAAGCUUAUUCCAGCAGGCCUGAUUUAAAAGAUGAACCUUUGUCCAAUCCUGACCUGGAUUUGUUUACGGAUGGAAGCAAUUUUAUGCAAGAGGGGAGACGGAUGGCUGGAUAUGCUGUUGUUACUACCACUGAGGUACUGGAAUCCGGAACACUCCCGACAAAUACUUCAGCACAAAAAGUGGAGCUAGUGGCAUUAACACAAGCCCUGAAAAAGGCGGAAGGAAAAAGACCAAACAUAUGGACCGAUUCUAAAUAUGCGUUUGGUAUAAUCCAUGCCCAUGGUGCCAUAUGGAAAGAAAGAGGAUUGUUGUCUGCUCAAGGAUCACUGAUAAAAUAUAAAGAAGAAAUACUCCAGCUUCUGGAAGCGGUGCAGAAACCAAAAGAAGUGGCGGUAAUGCAUUGCAAAGCUCAUCAGUUUGGACAAACGGCUGUGAAUAUAGGUAACCGGUUGGCAGAUAAAGCUGCAAAGGAGGCGACAGAAAAAGGUAUUCUUGCAUUGGUACCGGUAAAACAACUGGAAAUUCCAAAUUUAAAACCUAAGUAUAAUAAAUUGGAUGACCAAUUAGCAGAGCAAUUAAAAGCUUCACAGAAUAAAGAAGGAUGGUAG